CUUGCAGGGACAGCAGUUCUUGCAAUUGGACUAUGGCUUCGCUUUGAUUCACAGACCAAAAGCAUCUUUGAACUGGAAUCCAACAACACAAAGUUUUACACAGGUGUUUACAUCCUUAUUGGAGCUGGUGCACUUAUGAUGCUGGUUGGUUUCUUGGGAUGCUGUGGUGCAUUGCAGGAAUCUCAAUGUAUGCUUGGCAUGUUCUUCCUCUUCCUUUUUCUGAUUUUUGGCCUUGAAAUUGCUGCUGGAAUCUGGGGAUUCACAAACAAAGAAAAGAUUAUUGAAGAGUUAAAGGACUUCUACAUGGAUACCUAUAACAAGAGAGGUCAACCAGCUGCCAGAGAGACCCUGAAAGCAUUUCAGUUUGCUCUAAACUGCUGUGGAGUUACUGGAGGUCUUGAGCAGCAGUUCAUGGAAACCUGUCCAAAGAAGCCAGUGUUGGAGUCACUCACUGUACCGUCCUGCCCAAGUGCCAUUGAUGAGGUCUUCAAUUCAAAACUGAAUGUGAUCGGAGCAGUUGGCCUUGGCAUUGCUGUAAUAAUGAUUUUUGGCAUGAUAUUCAGUAUGGUUCUCUGCUGUGCCAUCCGCAGGAACAGAGAGAUGGUCUAA